AUGACAAAAGUCUGUGCGAAGUUGGUGCCAAAAAACCUGACUCCUGACCAAAAGUUCUUGCGUCAACAGGUCUGCUCAGAUUUCCUUGAAAAGUUAAAAGAAGAUCCCGGACUGAUGCAAAAACCGAUUAUAACUUGCGACGAAACAUGGAUUUUUCAAUACGAUGUUGAAACAAAGCGACGAUCGAUGCAUUGGAAGACACCUGAAUCGCCCGGAAUCAAAAAAGCAAGGAUGUCCAAAUCAAAAUUUAAGGCAAUGUUGAUCGUUAUUUUUGACAUUAACGGUAUCGUGAUGACUGAAUGGGUUCCAGAGGGUCGGACUGUCGACUAGAUUUACUAUUUAUCGAUUUCGGCAACACUGCGAGAAAGAGUUCGUAAGAAACGGCCCGAGUUGUGGAAGAACAACUCGUGGAUUUUGCACCAGGACAACGCACCUGCCCAUAACGCGCUAUCUGUGAAGCAGUAUUUGGCCGGUAAGCGCACUCCAGUGCUCGAACACGCGCCGUACUCGCCAGAUUUGGCACCGUGCGACUUUUUUUUGUUUCCAAAGAUAAAAUCUGCUUUGAAAGGGACCCGAUUUGAGUCGAUGGAAGCGGUAAAGCAAAAAACGGCAGAGCUCCUAAAGGCCCUCACCAAAGAAGACUUCCAGCACUGCUUUGAUCAAUGGAAAAAACGUACGGAAAGGCGUGUGGCGAGGGGAGGGGAGUAUAUUGAAGGGGAGCGUUUGAAUGUAGAAUAA